AUGUAUGUGAAAUGGUUUGAUACAGUAAGAUUAUACUAUGUGAUUUCAGUGAAUUUAGUGAAUGUCCCUUUUCAAAAUUUUCAAAUUUCCUACCGUUCCGUCCCCCGUACGUCCUGACGUCGCAGGGAACGGAACCCAGAAGACAGAUGACGGCAUCGGCCGGAGGAUAUUGCCGGCAACACUGCAGGAGGGACAUCGUGGGAGCGAAGGACAAUGUAAGUGAAGAAGAGAUCCCGGAGCAGCGUUGCAAGGUAUUCCUGAGUGUAGCUCGGGGUUACUGCUUGUGCUACACUCGGGAAUACUGACAGGGAGGUUA